CCGCUAAUUUAAGCGUUUGCGUUACUCCCCUUUCUGUGCAGAUACGUAAGGCAUGUUUCUUGUUUACUUGGUUCUUUGAGAACUAACUGAUGUUUGAUAGACUGCAAACUCCUUUAAUAGAAGUUUAUUCCUCCCCACUGUGGCAUUUUUGCGUGGAUUAUUUCCCGAACUAUUUCCGAGUUUUAUUCUGAUUUCGCGGGAACAGAUAUAGGAUGGAAUGAAUUGCGAAAGAUGGGAGUGCUCUCAUCUGCCUGUUAAGUUGCGUUGUUUUCUAUUUAUUGACGGGUCUCGUCUAACAGGUUCUUAAGUAUGGGUCACAGACCAGUUUGAUCAUGAUUAACAUUUUCAAUUACCUCGCUCGUAAUUGCUUGGUUAAGUAUUUAUGUUUGUAUCGUAUACGUUUUUAGUGAAGUUGGUAAUUGAUAAGUUUAUCAAUAUGUCAUCGGAUUCGAGGACUGAAUAGUCUGAGAGAAGUGCAUAACCUAUGAGUGGACGUUUUCGAUGAAUUUUGAACACAAUCCGAACUAGUGGACUUCCUUAAUUUGAUCACAGUUAUUUCUGGCAAUAAAAAAUUGUAAACGCUGACGUGAUUGCAGGUGCUGCAGUUGAAUUUUCAGUCUGAUUUGUUGUCCUAUUAGUUUUUUGUUAUUAACUAAUCCGAGGAUCCUAAAGUAUUUUUUAGUAUUUAUGGGUUGUAACUCAAUAGCUAAGAUAAUCCUUAGGGAUUUUCAUCCAUCUUAACCCAAAAUUACACAGUAAAUGUAACGGCGAGUCUAAUUUGUGUACGAAUCAAUGGGACUUAAGGUAGCAAGUCUUGGAUUCUGGCGCGAAGUUCAUCAAUCCAUAUGGGUAAUUAAUACAUUGACAUUAUACCUGAUAUCAGUUCGUGAUUGCUUGUUAACCCAAUUCGUUUGUUCAUAAACUGUUUACCAAAUUACCGAAAAACCUUGAGCACAUAUAAACUUCCAUCCUUCCGUUGUUUAAAAUAGUCUAUUAAGUAGUUUCGGAGCUUAAAUUUUAGUUGAAAUUCACAAUAGUCAGGUACGACCUAAACGAAACAACCUUUGAAAGUCAAUUUGUCAGAAAUACGAAUUUAACAGAGUUGUAUAUUUGUGUAAUAUAACAAAAAUGGAACCAAUUAGUGACAGAACAUUUUAAACAGACUAAUUAAGCUGACUGUUUAUUAUAUUAUUUAUAUCUAUUCCUCUACGUUGUAUGGAGAGAUCUGAACAUUUUGGUUUACCGUUUUGUGAUAGAAAACCGGUAGUUAAAAAUCCGACAUAGUGGUGCGAAUGAUUUUCUUCUUUUUUCCACUCUCAAGUAUGGAACUUUUCAUCUCUGUCCGUUUAAAUAUUUGCUUUUACUGUGAACCCUUGUUUAUCCAAAGUACCUUUUCCAAAAAAUUCUGCCUGCAGAUUUGCAAAGUAUGUUAGUUUCAAUUUAUGUGUUCUUUUGUUGACUUAUCUGUCUACAGUCGUUCUUCAUCUUGGGCAUUGUUUUCUGUAUUUACGUAAAAGCCGCGUGAGAUAAAAGUGAAAGUCUAAACUAUCAUAACUAUGCUGUAAAAAUCAAAGCGCUCCUGAAAAAAUAUAUUCCAAACACUACAUACUACUGUAUUAUGUCUCUGUCAAUUGUGUCAUUUUUACAUUGUUGCCAAAUGUAUUCCCCAUGAUAUCUUUAAUAUUGAGUUCCAAGUUAAUCACUAGUAUUGUAAAAGUCAUAAUGAGUUUUUGCUAUCUACAGCCUUAUUUAUGUGCACGGUCUCGUCCUGUAACUGCUUGAUAUUCUCUGAGCAGAUUUUUGACUGAUCCUUGUUUUCUAAGCUCUAAAGUUCGUUUUAAAUAUUACGUUUUUGUAGAUAUACGGACAUGUAAUUAAAUAUGGGCCGGAAAAGUGCCACUCUUUCUUGUACACCAAGGCGUUCUACUCGACCAGUUAGGUCAACUGAUGAAGUCCAAACACCUCCUGAAAAUAAGAAAUCGGUUAAUCCAACUAAAAAGUCAAGUCGGUUGACCACAAUCAAGAAAAGUGCUUCCAGUAACAAAGAUGAACAUCUAUCCGCUUUGAAUAAGCAUACAAAAAGACGUAGUAAACGAAUUAGUUCAAGAGUAGAAACACAGAAAUCAAGUCUUAAAGGAACAUUGGGUUUGGAGAAAAAAAAUGAAUUGUUCGGAGACGAUAAAGAGUUAUUGACAGAUCGCCACUUUCAAGAUGAGUGUAAUGACAGCGAUUCAAGUGAUUUCGUAUCCCAGUGCUCAAGUGUUGAAAGACCUAAGAGCAAGAAAAAAGGCAAUUUGCGUUUGUUUUCAGAAUUCAAACCGAAGAAUGUGGCUAAAAAACUGAGUAAACCAUUGAGAAACGUUAAUGUAGUUGAAAAAUUUCAAAGUAUUGUAAAUAAUGAUUCAGACGACGAAACAGAAUGGGUUGAAGUGGAUGAUGAGCCAACUAAUGAAUUAGAUUUCAUGCAUAACCUUUUGAAUUUCGGUUCAAAUACUGUACCUUGCGAAGAUGGAGAAAAGAAACCUACAUCACUAACUGUAGCUAUCCCUUUUGAUAGUUCCACUAAAAAACAUUCUAAACAAGAUCCAAAACUUCUCGAGUUACUUGCACUAAAACGCAAACUAAAAGAACAUUACACAUUGAUGCAUUCAGUUCAUGUGUUAUGUUUUCUUGCUCAUAGUCGUGUGAUAAAUCGAACUUGUGACAGUUCCUUAUGUUGGGCUUUAGGUAUUUCACUUUUGGCUAAUACAAAUGCAGUGUACAACCAAAAAACAAAACAGUUUAUCAGAUUAUCAUUGUGGUCAAUUGAACAUGUAGAAGCGUGUCUUGUUUCAUUGUUGUCUUAUCAAGGAAUGCAAUUAUGUACUGAAAAUAAUUCCUGCGGUGAUUAUGAAUACCAGCUUGUUCGUCGUCUUUCAGAAUCGAAAUCAACUGAAAGUGAUUGUCUCAUACUACUUGUUGCAGCUCUUCGUUCUCUUGGAUUCGAUGUACGAAUAAUCCUUGGUCUUCAUCCAAUACCUUUAUUGCCUAGUGAACCAGCGACCAAAAUGCUUACGUCUAAAAGUAAAGAAUUUAAAAGUUCCAAUAAGGGAAAAUAUAAUCGAAAAAUCAUUUCUUCAGAUGAAGAAGACAUAUUUGAUACCAAUUUUGAUCAUCAUUAUUAUAAUGAGAAUUCAAAAUCCAGCGUUACUCUGUUUGCUGAAGUAUUUCUACCGAAAUUGAAUCGUUGGGUAUGUAUUGAUCCAUCAUCGCCUACAGGUGUUGUGGAUAAAGUGAAUUUCAAACAUGGAUCUUUAUAUGUUGUCGGUGCUUGUUCUGUACGAUCAUCGAGUCCUGAGUUAGUAUCUUAUGUUGGUAGAAAUCCAGUUGAUCUGUCUCCUCGUUAUGUUCAGGAUUGGUGCGUUUCUGCUCGUACUCAUCGCAUUCCUGCUGAGAAGUGGAGUAGUUUUCUUGAUAUACAAAGUAGAUUUUUUGAUAAAGAUGCCGUUGAAUAUGAUGCUUUAGUUUCUAAGUUAAAUACAGUCCCAACUUUUCAACGAGAUAAAAAAGAUAAGGAUUCUAUUCAAGAAAAGCUUUUAUCUGAACCUCUACCUAAACGUAUGCAAGACUUUAAGAAUCAUCCACUGUAUGUUCUCCAACGCCAUUUACUUAAAUUUCAAGUUAUUCAUCCACCUGAUUCAAUCCCCUUGGGAUAUUUUCGUAAUGAACCGGUUUAUUCUCGUGAUUGUCUUCAUCUUUGUCAUACCAGAGAAUCAUGGUUAAAAGAGGCUAUGACCGUUCGUCUUCAUGAAAAACCCGCGAAAGUUGUUAAAGCUCGUUUAUCUAUGAAACGUAAGUUGUUACAAGGUUCCGAUUCUGCACCUGCAACUGUUGAAAUAUUCGGUCCAUGGCAAGUGGAACCGUAUGUACCACCGAAAGCUGAAAAUGGUAUUGUCCCACGUAAUGCACAUGGAAAUGUUGAUUUGUUUAAACCGUGCAUGCUUCCCAUAGGCUGUGCACACUUAUGUCUUUCUGGUAUUCAGUAUAUUGCUAAAAAACUUGGAAUUGAUUGUGCAGAGGCUGUUGUUGGUUGGACAUUUCAUGGUAGUGGUUGGGCUCAUCCAAAUAUAAAAGGAUAUGUUGUCUGUAAAGAGUCUGUACCAGUUCUUAUUGAUGCAUGGCGUACGGAACAAAUGAAUGCAGCAAAAUUAGAGCAUGAAGAACGAAUAGAGCGUGCGCUAAAAAACUGGAAACGAUUAGUUCGUGGACUCUUUAUAUGGCAUCGAGUUAAAGCACAAUUCGCUUUAGCUCCAUUGCAUAAUAAACAAGCUACUAUUGAAAAAUACGAAAAAAACAAAACAGUAAAACAUAAAGAAAUGACUGGCAAAAAAGUUAUUCCAUUGCAUCUUAAAGAAGAGGAAGAGAAAACUCUUGAAUCAUCAAUUUCUUUAGAUAUCCCGGUCAAAAAUGUUGAAACUGACAAAGGAUGGAUACGUUUAGGUACAGAUGAUAAAGCUCAUUUAUUACCCAAAUUGUUGUCAAUCGCCAAAUCAUGCCCUCCCAAACGUUGUAAUCCUCCUAGAAAAAAGCGUAAUGUAAUUAAAUAUGAAGAAUCUUCAAGUGAAGCAUCGGGUACGGAGAUACCAAGCUCAAAAGAUGAUUCAGCAGAUGAAUUUGUAGAAAAAUUUGAUUCUAGUGAAUAGGAUCUGAAUUAUGCAUUGAAUGAUCAAUAAUUUCAAAAUAGAAAUUCAAUUUGUUUUCAUUAACUUUAAAAAGAAACACUUAAAUAUUUUAACAAAAUAUAAAAUUUUUUUAUGAUUCAUCUUUAUCUUUUACACAAUAACAGUACUCUCAAUUCCAUUAUAUAUAAGUACACAUAACGCCUGGAGCUGUUGUCUGUUCCGAAUGUGAACUAUCUGGUGAGAUAAUUAUCGGUGCAAAUACUAUUAUUCAUCCAAAAGCUCGUAUAUUCUCUGAAGCUGGCCCGAUACAUAUUGGAUCAUAUAGAUAUAUGCAUUUAUAUUCAAUAGAUCUUUAUAAAUUUAUUUAUUUUUCAAGUGAGAUUUUAAACUGUACUUUCGCGCCAAAUCUUUUUAUUUUAGUCAUGUUUAUUACCUUCAUUUAUAUUCACAUUUUUCUACAUGUAAAAUGCAUUUCCACUUAUAUUGCAUUACACAUUUGAUUAACAUGUACUUUACGUACAAAGAAAUGCAUUAAAGAAUUUUUUUAAGAAUUUCUAUUUGUAACCGUAUUCUGGACUUGAUAUUUUAUAAAGAUAGUAAUUAAUCUGUAAAUUUUGUUAGUAUUAUCACAUUAAAUAUGUACAGUAUUACUAUUAUUAU